CAUUUACUACCUACUACAAUUGGAUCCUUUGAAAAUGACAUUGAAGAUGGUCUCACAAGCUCACAAUUCGAUCUCGAAGCCAACCUUGAAGAGAACGACAACCGGGCUGGUUUGAAAGACAAGGAAGAGAUCUUGAAGAUUAUGAAGAAGAACAAUGUAUCCUUUGAUGAAGCACGAUUAAUUCGCCAAAAACGUCUUUUGCGUAAGAAUGGCAUUGAUCCUGAUACUGGACUUCCACUGGAUCCCAAGUUUGUCUCUUUUGGUUCUUCCCAAUAA